AUGUCGUUCGUCAUCCGCCGAGCCGUGUCAACCCUGGUUCCUCCGAAGGUUGCCAACCCAGAGGGUAUCGGAGCUGCCAAAAAUGCCGUCCGAAUGGCGAGAAUAGCCAAAUUCUACGAAAAACUACCAAAAGGACCUGCGCCAGCACGAGCACCCAGUGGGCCGCUAGGGUGGUAUCAGGCAAAAUACUUUGGCAAGAAUCCAUCAGCAGCUCCUAUCUGGCACGUUAUUUUCGGGAUCAUGGCAAUGGGUUACAGCAUGGAAUACUACUUCCAUCUGAGACACCACAAGAACAAUGCCCACUGA